GCGUGCCUGCGUGCGCGCCUGUGUGCGCGGAUGCAUCCACCAGCCUAUAAAUCUCCUAGCAGGGCUCUUUCCAAACUUCAGGACAUUCCCCGGGGGAAGAGUUAAGAUGCAGCUUUUGCGUCAGAUGCCGCAGCGGGCUGCCCGCCGGGGCUAGGCUAAACCUCUCCCUGCAUCUGCCCCAGCAGGUUGUUUGCAAAGGUCAAUCCCACCGGCUGCCGCCGCCGGGCUCGGCUGCUCUUGGCUCAGUCCUCAAGAUCCACGCACCGGCAGCAGGGACCGGCGAUCCACUUUGUCCUUGCUUAACUCCGUGCGGGAGCAGAAAGCCACCGGCCGAUCCCGCCGGCCAGGCUAGCAUGACUGUGCUCCACCUGCACCUGUACCUCACUGCCUUGGGCUUCUGGAUGACACAGCAGUCCAGCUCCUUCUUGCUCCCCAACGCUACCGAGCUCCUGUCCCGUGCUGGGGGCAGACCCACGGGCCUGCUGUGGGGCGUGGGGGUCCCCCGGACCCGUCGGAAGCGAUACCUCUCCCCCCGCGACAUGAACGUGAUUUUGGACUAUCACAACCAAGUGCGGGCACAGGUGUCCCCCCCCGCCGCCAACAUGGAGUAUAUGGUGUGGGACGAGCGGCUGGCCAGGGCAGCAGAGGCGUGGGCUGCGCGCUGCCUGUGGGACCAUGGCCCCCCCCAGCUGAUGAAAUAUGUGGGGCAGAACCUCUCCAUCCACUCGGGCAGGUACCGCUCCAUUGUGGACAUGGUGAAAUCAUGGCACCAGGAGAAGCAGCACUACUCCUUUCCCCAGCCCCACGAGUGCAACCCCCGCUGCAGCAUCCAGUGCAGUAAGCAGCUCUCCUCCCACCUGGCGCAGAUGGUUUGGGCAUCCUCCAGCCGCCUGGGCUGCGCCCUCGGCACCUGCACCAACGUGCGGGUGUGGGGCAGCACAUGGCGGCACGCUGUCCUCCUGGUCUGCAACUACGCCAUCAAGGGCAACUGGCUGGGAGAAGCACCAUACAAGGUGGGGCAGCCAUGCUCAGCCUGCCCCCCCACCUACGGCGGGGGCUGCUCCAACAACAUGUGCUUCACCGGACUCAAAUCCAACCAAGUCAGCUGGUUCUAGGGUUGUAGCCCCGUGAGGAAGCCCCCAGGGAUGGGGACAGGGUGAACCAAAAUUAUUUAUAACACUGUGUCUCCCCCCAGCUGCCUUGGCCGCCCCUCGGCCCCCUCCCUGCCACAUGUUAGGUGGCUCUCACCAGCCCAGCUGUCCAGCCUGCUUCAUCCCUAGAGCCACAUAGGAAAUGGCUUUUUUAACACGGCACUCCGGCAGCGCUUGCGUUGUCCAGCUGCUUCCCACUUUAGGCGAAACAAGGACGGUUCAGGUUCCUAUUUUGCGAAAUAGGGAUGGUUUGGGGGUGCGUGGAGGGAGCAGGGCUAGCUGGCAUGGUCCCUGCUCUGCAGGCUCGGGGGCUUUCCCCAAUGACCCCCGUCUGUGCUAAGGCAGAGGCUGGUGUAAGCAAAUACCAAGAUGUUCUCCUCAUGGCAAGCAGCUGGAGAAGUGGGGAGUCCUGAGCAUGCCCCUGCUCCCUGGCAGCCGCUCCAGCCACGGGACCCCCAGCUCCGAGCCCCCCAAUAAAGCAGCCUG